AUGGAUGACCAUCCAGGACUCAUCCAGGACCAUGUACGGCAGUCAGAAUCGUCCGUCUUCUCAGGAUGGUCGUGGACAGCUGUCUUGGCUGAAGUUGGACACGAUGGCAAGCAAUUCGAGUCUCCCCUCACCCUCAGGCUGGGGUUGCUUCGUUUCUGCACCAUCCUCGGAUAUGGCAUACUUUGUGAAAACGACGACAAAGUCGAACAAAUCAGGGCUCUCCAACAGCAAGAGAUCCCCAUUCGGCUGGCGAUUAUUCCAAAGGCCCAGGGUGAACGGUUUCUUGGUUUCCUUGACCUCCAACGAGGCUUGAACGGAAAGGCGCUGGCACUGCAUCCUGGCGACAAGCUCACCGUUUUUUUCGAUUAUCAGAGCCAGCAUCCGCAGCAGAAGUGGGAGGCUAUGAUGAUACCGCGACCUGCCAUUACUCCCCAUCCACUUGUGCCGGUUCUGCUGUCGAACUCGCUAGGCUCCAAUGCUACGUUGAAUAUAAAGGCAAUUGACGUUUCGACACUUUCCACUGACCGAGCGAAGGACGCCAUAACUGCAGAAAAGCCACAACUGGUCAAAGUCAAAAUCAGCUCUUCUGAAAUUUCAUUCCACAGAGAAACGAGAGGCCAUUACGAUUUGGACAGCUGGAGUGCCUCCGUCGGUUUCAACGCCGAGCAAGCUGAAGCUUUCGAGUCGCUCCAUGAGCUCCCCGGAGGGGUGGGUGUGUACCAAGGGGCUCCGGGAACCGGGAAGACUUUUUGGCUGCUUCGUGUACUCCUGCCGAUUGUCGCCCACGCUCAGACGAACCCUCAACACCCUGAAAAGCGUCCUCAGGUCAUGCUACUCGGCCCAUCCAAAGAGAUCGCUGAUCAUCUCGCGCUCGAGAUGCAGUCUCUUAUUGACUGUACUUAUCCAGACCGAGGGCUGUUUGUUACACGAAUCAUCUCAAACAUCCGGGAUGAUGAGUUGACCACCGCACACCUCAUGGGCCGUAUGGACGCCGACCAAGUUUCACGGCGAGGAGAUAUGAGCAAUAACCAGGAUAUUGAUCGCUUGGGGCUGGGCUACCGCAUGCUCCAACUAUCAGGAAUUAUGCAGUGUCCCUGGUCGGAAGCGGAGAAAUUCGGGCGCUUCAGGAAAUACUUUGAAGAGUACGAGAUCUGUGGCAAGAAGCCCGAUAGCUUCCAGCUUAUGGAAUAUCGCAAGGAGGUAUCUGAUCUCCGGGACGCUGUCCUAUCCCGAUCCGAAGUGGUAGUCUGUACUCCCUUCGCUGCUGGAACUGCGGCCGUCCGUCAAAACGUCCACCCUUACGUCGUUGCGGUCGACGAGGCGGCGCGAGUGACCGACCCCGAGCUGUGGCCAAUGCUGGUCUCGCACGAGCCUCGCGUUUGCCUGCUAGUAGGCGAUCAGCGGCAGUUGCCUCCCUUUGUCUCCGCUAAAUUCCCAGCAUCGCCAUUCAGGCCCCAGCUAGAGCUCUCACUUUUUGCCAGGCUGAUUUACAACGGACACCAGGACAUCAUUUUCCGAGAACAACAUGGGAUGGUCUACCAACUACAAGAAUUGGUAAAUGACAAAUUCUAUAAAUCAAUGCUCCGCACUACAGACAACGUGGAUCCUGGAGUUGUGGAAACAAACAUCCAACUGGUAGCGCAUAACGUCCAAACCUUUGGAAAGGUCCUGCCGCUGCUAUUCCUCAAUGUCCCGGGCACCCAAGAAAAGCCUGAUACGGCAGGAAAUUCGCUGUGCAACGACGUCAACCUCGCUGCCGUCUGCGCCUUGAUACAAAGCCUCAUUGAAAGCCAGAUCAAGGCGAAGCAAAUCACAGUCCUCACGCCCUAUCGUGCGCAGGCCUCGCUAUACACUAGGUCUCUCCAGUCUUUUCCCGAGCUCCGGAACGUCCGCGCUCAUACCGUCGAUAGUUAUCAGGGUUGCGAAUCCGACGUCGUGAUUCUCGACACCACCGCAACGAGUAUAGAGCGCCUGAAGUUCCUGGCCGACGCAAAUCGGCUCUGUGUCGCGCUCAGCCGCUCGCGGGCUGGCAUGUUCAUUGUUGGAGAUCGGGUCCUGAUACGAGGUCGGGAUAAAUGGGGCAAAUGCCAGGACGACCGAUUCAAGCACAUCCUGGACGUGCACGACUUUUUGUACCGCAUUGAUGCUUUUAGUGACAUCCCCGCUUCCUUCACGCAAGAUGCCGAUAGAGCCCCCGAGCGUCUUCGUCAGCCUUCAAGCUUGCGUAGUGGUUGUACUGGCUCCGUGGGUGGUCGUUUGAGCGCCGGCACCAGAGCCACUCUCGUGGAGAGGGGUCGUACAGUGCAACGUAAUAGCAUCUCCGCCGCCAAUAUCACAUCUCCGCUGUCAUCAAGCGGAGACGAUAACUCUGAGAUGCGACCUUCUAACGCCCCCAUUCCCGCCCCGCAGGAGCCCCUCCAUGCGAACAUCGAGGACUAUAUCAGCGUCAAUGUCAACGACAGACAGCCGAACCGGGACGAUGAUGCCGCCAGCUCUCUGGAUCUAGCGUCGGACUCAACCAGCAUCAUCUUUGCCGGAAACACCCCUCGUGCCCCGGGCCCUUGUGACCAUCUUCCCGCCGCGAUCGGUCCCUACGACAUCGGCCCUUGCAUUGCACAGGUUCCUGAGAUCGCAGGCAUCACCUUUACAGCCCUGGAGCGCCAGAGAAUCGCUAACUUUAUCAACAAUUUGAUAUCACUUAGACGUCGUGACUCGUUUGGUUCUAGUGUGGCUGAGGCCUAG